AUGGACGGAAGUGUCAUCCUGCCCACCUGUGGUGAAGACGUCGUCACGGAUGCCAUGCUGGAUGAGUAUCUGGAGCAGUCGGCAUCACCUUUCUCUUCCUCAGACUCUGUGGGUGAAAUGCUGGCUGCAAUCACCGCGGGCAGUGCCGCACCAGCGCAGGCUCACGGUCUCUCUGCAACGUCUUUAACGUCAACGUUGGGGGCUAGCUUCUUGCCAACCUUCAAAAAUUUCCACAGUAACAGCGGGCGCCCCAUUGACUUGGAGGUAUCAAGCAAAGGCGUUCGGCGCCCUGCCAGUCAUCGUGUCAGUACCAGCCUCGCACUGCAGGGGAACCUGUCUGCCUCGGAGAUCACGAGCGACGACAGCGGCGACUUUGCGUUUCUUACGAGCGACGUGUGCGACGCCGACGCGUACGACCUCAUUCGCCAUUACAUACUGUACUGCAAGCAGCAGGAGAAGGAGCUGGAAGAGCUGGAGGAGGAAUGCGCACGGUUGGAGGCGGAGCAGCAGCACCUCUACGGCGCCGCCAUAGCGGCUGCCAUGACCAGAGGAAUAUCACAGGCGUCAGCCACCAACACUCUGUCACCGUCGAACUCGAACGGAGUUACGGCGACAGAAGUCAGCGUCAGCACCACCCGCGGCGUCUCCUCGCUGGUUACUAGAGACGAGUUCGGCGAGGCCCACAUCGAUCCACUGAAGACGUGCCCCUACCUGAAUCCGUACGACGCCGCUUGCAAACUGCAGCCGUACCGCUACGGACAGCCCACCGUCGUUGGUUGCUACACGCCGGUUUUCAAGAGUGGAAGUCUUUACCGUUGCACCGCAGCCGAUGGGUCGUGGCUGUUUUACAACGACUCGCAGCAGUACACGAUGCAUGUGAAGUAUAUUGUCGGCGCCUCCUCCGUCAUCACGGCCGGUCCUCACGCAUCGGUGCACCAGCGGGCGUCGGGCGAGUAUGAGACGCAGGUGAUGGUUUGGCCCCAGGAGACGGAGGUGCUGCUUGUAGGUGAAGUGAACGGCUUUAAGAAUCUGUCUACCGCCGUACCUGUAGAUUCCAGCUAUACGAACCCCCAUGCGACUGCCUCUACCGCGUCUGCGCGCGCUCUGCUGAACCACUUCGCCUACCAGACAGGAAAGUCGAGUGUCUCGCUGCUCACUACCGAGGACGUGCUGGAGUGUUGUGCGACCCAAGGCAGCAAAUGGACCGCUGCUGUCGCUGCUGCGGGGUCUUCGGAUGGGCAGCACUUUGUGGACCCCGGCUUCCCGCCCUGUAGCGCGUCGCUCUACCGCAAAGGUGUCGAUGACCUCUUUCUCUGGGAUAUACCCUGGCGGCGUCCCUUCGAGUACCUUCCCGCCACACAGCGCUCUGAAGCGUGCCUCUUUGCUCGCGCGGUGCUUCCGACAGACCCGUGUGCGGGGGAAGGCGGCGAUGCGUACCUAUGCAGUGCCGCUUGCUCUCUCGCUGAGUACCCCACGCACGUCGUUCGAAUUUUUCGGCACCCCGUCUCUACGGAUGUCGGCAGCCGUGAGCGGGCAGCCGGGGCGUACCGUGUCACACUGAACCACGGCGGCUGGUGGACAUCGACAGUUGUCGAUAGCUACUUGCCUGCGUCGCUCAAGGGCCCGGACCUGGGGCGCUGCUCGCACGACCUGCGCAAGCUCUGGUACCCGCUGCUGGAAAAGGCGUACGCGAAGCUGCACGGCUCUUACGCUGCCAUUCAGUGCGGUGAUCCGCUCGAGGCACUGCAGGAUCUCACCGGCUAUCCAACGUUUCGGUUCGAUGAGGAGUGGGCGGCGGUGGCGCAGGGCAGCACCGGUGCCUGCGCGAGUAAGCCUACGUCCUACAGCCCACAGUCCGAGCAGCUCUUUGUCUUCUUAGAGGAGGUUCACCAACGCGGCUACCUUGUGUGUCUGAGCCUGCCGGACGACGGACCGGCCGAGUCCCAGGCAGCGCAGACGGGCGUGGUGUUUGGUAUGUCGUACACGGUCCUGCGACUUGUUCGGCACGGCGGCUCUCGCCUUCUUCAGAUUCGCUGCCCCACCUUGAAGAUGGACAGCAGCGGGUUGUGGUGCGUUAAGAGCGCACUAUGGCAGCAGGAGCCGCACCUAGCCGCUUUGUGCGGGGUGGACGGUGAUGGCAGGCCGGAGGAAGCGAGUUUGUGGCUGGACUGGUCUGAGGCGCUAGCAAUGUUUGAGGGGGGCGGAGUGUGUUGCUGUCGUUGGGAUUGGGCGCACGACUGCCGUGUGCGAGGCUCUUUCACUGACGGGAUUCCCUCUUUCGUGUUGGAGGUGCGUGUCGACGACUCCAGUGAGGACGCAAGUCCUGUGGAGGCGUACUGCAUCUUGUCGCAGGAGGACGAUCGCGGCAUACCUGCAGAUCACCCGCACCGUGCGCUACGUCCACUGAUGCUCUCUGUCAGCAGCCGUCGCAGUGAGAAUGAGGGAUGCGACGACGCCGGCAGUGACCCACCGGCUGACCAGCGCAUUCGGCACGUUUGCUCCACCAACCCAGACAUCCCCACAGAACAACUGAGCUUCAUCCUAGGCCGGGACACAGCGCUCCGUGUGACCUUUCAGCCCUCGGUGCAUCCGUACUAUGUUAUUCCUCGCUCGCUGGGCGAGAUGAACAACAAGCUCUUCACAGUGGGCUUGGUCUCCUCCACGCCGGUGACGACGUCAGGAAAGCUGCGAGUGCGACUUAUGCAGCUGUUGUCCAGCUCACCGGUGUUUCACAACCGGCGGGACUUCUCGACAUCGCAGCUCGAGGACGUGGCAGUGGCUUCGUUUCAGGUCCGCGGUCCUGACGGGCGUGUGCGCAUAGGAUAUGGCAGCACUAUUGGCUAA